UUCCAAAAGACAAGUGGAAGGAAAAUGCAGCGUCGAAUUAGUCGCUAACAUGUAAGACACUGAUAGAGUUUCCAGUGAUUUUAUACUCUUGAAAAAAUUUGACAACGAAACCAAUUUAGAAGACAACGAGCACCAUUGCAGAUGCCGCUCUUAUUAGUCAGAUUAUUGUGCGAAAGCUGCUGGAUUUAAAGAAUGUCGAGGCCAUGGGUACUGGUAUUUAUGGUAAUGUUAAUUGUAUUCACAUCUCAAUUUGAAUGGAAGCAGCAAUUUGGGACUGAGAUUGAAGCCACUCCAACUACUAUUUCAAGGACGGACCAAUUUCAUUCCAGAAGAGAAGAAACUGUUAAAGAAAAGAUUAUCCUCUCUCAAGAAAAGAAUAUUCAGAAACUUAAUGAGCUGGUCCGGAGUCUUCAGGAACAGUUGAUACAAUGCAGAAGUGAAAAUUAUGUUGCCAAUGGCACUGCAAUGCCUGUGAAUGAAGCUGAACACUUGAAUGAGCUGGAGCAGCAACCGAUCUUGGAGGACUAGACAUGGAUAAUGCACAUUUAACAAAAAAAAUGCUUGCAGGUUGUAGAUAUUUUCUGCUUUGGAGUAGAAACUGAUGAGCCAAUACUACUUCAAAGAUCUUUGUGCAUGUGGCAUUGUUGAUCUCUGUUUCGCUAGGUCUCAAGCAACUGAGACUUUAAAUUAUACAUCUGUCAAUCCUAUUACAAUGGUUGUGGUUUCUGGUCUAUCUGAUUUCACAUUCUCACUACCAAAUGGCAUGGCCUUUCUUCUGAACUGGUCUACUGCGCAUGUCCAAUUGUUUCUGUUCAAAUUUACUUAACCCUUCAUUUUACCUUAAAAUUCUGUUGUAUAAGGAUGUGCAGACAUAGAAAUGAAAUUCUUACAGUUCAAAUUA